AUGACAUCAAAGUAUAUUCAUUUUUUUUAUACUCAAUUUUUGAACAAGUUUGCUUCAGUAGCACAUUUUCAGGAUCCUAAACAUAAGAAGAUAGAAAGAAAUGCUGUGACUGGUGCUCAAACUGAUGGCCAAAAUUGGGCCAGUCAGUUUUUCGCUUCAGAAGAAAAAGGACAAUAUAAAGACGUAUACGCGAAGAACCGAUGGCCAAAAAUUGGGCCAACUAGUUUUUCGCUUCAAAACUGCGUUACUAAUCAGUUAGUAAAAGCGAGUUUGUCAUUAUGGCCCUCUUCUACUAAAGCUGAACUAGUGGCCAUCUUCUUAGCACUCCUGGCUGCUCAAUGCUCAGCAACAGAAAUGGUUGAAACGAAACAACUUUUUUGGUGCUACUCAAAAUUGCAUGAUUAUGAGAGAAAACAAAUAGUUUUGAAGUUGAUUAAAAUUAAAGGACACAGUGGUGGUAUAGAGUUAAAUGAACGGGCAGAUGAAUUAGUGAAAGAAGCUGGAACAUUUUGA